AUGGACCGUCUCACUGCCGAUGAUCUCGAUGAUUCUUGCGACGACGACACUCCCAUAAUACGGGCAGCAGCCAAGUCCAACCCCGCGAUCUUAGAAGCCCUUCUCGCCCAUCACGCAAAGGCCAGCGCAGAAGAAAAUCUAUCCUAUCGGGAGCUCUCACGGCUAGAGCGCCUUGGCCCGGGCGCUACCAUAAGUGGAACAGCAUGCAAUAUCUUUCGGUCGCCUCUCAAAUCUGCUAUCCGCGCCCAUCUGCCACACAAUGCCCGUCUCCUUCUAGCUGCCGGGGCCAACCCUGAUGGCAUACAUCGGAUCUGUAUGUCAGACUAUUCCGUACGGUGGAUUCGCGGUCGUCAUUUUCGAGAUGAUGUGACGAGCUUUGCUUCGUGUAAGCCUCGUGAUAUAGUUCUUGCAAAUGCUCGACGAAAAGGUAUCAGUCACCAAUUAUGCCCGUUGACUCAGGCAGAGCUUGACGAGCGGAGUUAUGGGUUUCCCCGUUUUUGGACGGAACCGAAUGUACCCGGUCAACGAUUGCAGAUGGAGAAGGCUUUGACUGCGCUGGAAGUUGCAGCCCAGGUAGGUGACGUGGAGAGCCUUGAUAUGCUACGUGCAGCUGGAGCGGAUGAGACUGCCUGGGUAAAGGAGGUGUCACUGGACGAGAAGCAAUUUCAACUCGAUGAUGCAGAGUGGUCUGUUUCCUAUCUCUCGACAUCGUCGCCUGUUCAUGAGGCUAUUGCCGCAGGCCAGCAGUCUAUGCUUCGUCACUUGUUGUCGACUUGUGGGUAUUCGCCCAACUACCGCCCGUAUGCAGCGCCGACGGUCGCUCUCCCGCCAUUAUCUUACGCCAUCGCUCGUUGCAAUCCCAGCGACCCAGGUGUACAGAGAUGUAUAGUGGAUCUCCUGUCCCACCCCAAGCUGGAUGCAAACCUGCGUACACCAAUAUUCAACGUCCACGCCCUUCAUUUUGCAACUGCAUACCACGAUCCGGGUAUCCUUUUAUGGCUCGCAACUCGUGUUCCAGGUGGGUACAACGCUGCGGGAACCACUGCUCUAGGACAUACGCUACUUCAUAUAGCUUGCCUCCCUCUCACGGCGACUCAAACCGUGGCUCGCAAUCCGCACGUUGCCAAGAGCAUACACUGUGCACGCACCCUAGAUUCGAAAUGGAAACCCCAUCGUCUACCGAGUCCUCUACAUAUCGAAUUUUCCACUGCAGAGGCGAUAGGCUUGGGGUACAAGUUAACGCCCAUGACCGUGGUUGAACAGUUGGCACAACAGGCUAAAAUCAGGAUUUUGGUUGAUUGGGCCGGUGUUGAUGUUCGAGCAAAGGAUGUAGAGGGUAACACAGCUCUGCAUUACUUGGCCGGGACUUUGAACAUGAGCGAGGACACAGUUGAAAUGGUUCGGCAGAUAGAAGGGGGCGAGGAAGUCUGGGAGAAAUCGGAAAACUGCUAUGGAGUUACUCCAAAGAUGAUGUGGGGUGAGUAA